AUGUGGCGGCAAAAGACAAUCUCUCUGCCCGCCUUCAACCGCGGCUGCCACCUCGUCACUCCGCACGUGGUGAAGCAAGUAGAGGCGGACCUUGCAGCUUUCAAGUGCGGCCUGGCGCACAUCUUCAUCCAGCACACGAGUGCGUCGCUGACCAUCAACGAGAACUGUGACAGGGACGUGCGCCACGACAUGGAGACCUAUCUCUCCUCGCACGUCCCAGAGGGGCCCAAGGCUCCUUGGCGCCACACGGAUGAAGGCUAUGACGACAUGCCAGCUCACGUCAAGGCGUCACUCUUUGGCAGCUCCGUCACCAUCCCAAUCACGGACGGCCGGCUGAACCUGGGCACGUGGCAGGGUAUCUGGCUGUGCGAGCACAGGGACCAUGGGGGCUCACGCCGCCUCGUUCUCGCAGCUGCGGCAUUCCAUCGUGGCCGGUCGCGAAUAGACUCCUCUGAGGGAAAUGCAGCGGCGGGCUCGGCGGGGGGUAUGGGCGCGGCGAGAGCGCUGUUCGGGCUGUUCGGCGGCGGGAAGGAGAGAGAGCGCGAGAAGAAGCAGAAGGAGGCUUCUAUGGCGGCGCACGCCGAUGUGCCGGUUCCUUUCAGCGCUGACCUUCUCGCGGGAACCUUCCUGGAAGGCCGCGAGCUCGCGUGCUGCUACCGCGCAACGCAGGACGGCUUCUCCGCGUCCUCCUUCCACGCGCGCAGCGACUUCAAAGGCCCCGUCGUCGUCGUCGCCCUCGCGCCCUCCCCGUCCGCAUCUGCCUCCGCGCCGCUCGGAUCGUGGCUGCGCUUCGGCGCGUUCAACCCGGACGGCUACCGCAGCACAGACGACUAUUUCGACUCCUUCGACGCGUUUCUCUUCUACUGGCCCGACGCGCCCGCGUCGCCACCCUUCGCACCCGUCUCCACCGCAGAAACCGACGCUCCCGCUCCUUCCGCUGCCGCGACCCCAGGAAAAACCCCACUCAAAUGCACGUGGGGGGAGGGCGAGUGGGGCAUGCCGGAGCUUCUACGCAAAGUAGGAGGCAGCGGCGCGGCGGUAUUCGACUACGCACGUGGCGGCCCGCAGUUUGGCGCGGACGGGCUGCUGAUUGGCCCGCCGCUCACGCCCGUCAUGGGGGGCCUUGCUGGGCCGGACUCCAACUCAGGCGUGGGGGAUCUGAGCACGGCGCGGUCGCGGCUGGGGCUGUCGUAUGAGAAGCGGCGGGACGGGGAGGACUCGGUGUUUGGGGAAGGGAGGGAGGUGAAGGUGGCGGAGGUGCUGGUGUUCUUCAGCCCCGAGAUUGCCCGCUUGUAUUGA